AUGUCACUUAUGAAAGUAAAAAUCUCAGACACCUCCUAUGCAGUCAUCAUUAUAUUUACUCUGAGUAACAUCAGCAUCCCAGAAGACCCUAAUCUAAAAAACAACACUUACAGUCAAGUGCAAAAUACUGUCAAUACUGCGCUGAACACUCUUCUGAAUGGCCCUACCUCUACAGCUUUUGAACCCACGUCCUCUGACUUCACGAGCACACCAGAUCAAAUUAAUGGCCUGAUGGUUUACACCUUCCAAGAUGGAGAUGCGAUACAACCAGUUAGCUUCCUAGAUCUGCUUCGUUUACCAAUAGGAUCAACAACUACAACUGUGUCUUCUCUGACAUCAAGUAAAUUCCCAUUGACGUCUCAGAAACCACUAUCUGGUUCAGCAGUGGUGACAAGCAAACUGGUGUUCAACUCCUCAUCUCCAGUCCCCAGUGAAACUCUGGUGCUCAGUGCUAUCCAAACCCUCAGAGAUUCCAGAGAGUCACAACUUGGUGAAUCCGUGAAGGUGGCAAAUGCCACUUAUGAAAAAAUCUCAGACACCUCAUAUGCAGUCAUCAUUACACUUACUCUGAGUAACAUCAGCAUCCCAGAAGACCCUAAUCUAAGAAACAGCACUUACAAUCAAGUGCAAAAUACUGUCAAUACUGCGCUGAACACUCUUCUGAAUGGGCCUAAUUCUACAGUUUUUGAACCCAAGUCCUCUGACUUCACGAGCACACCAGAUCAAAUUAAUGGCAUGAUGGUUUACAACUUCCAAGAUGGAGAUGCGAUACAACCAGUUAGCUUCCUAGAUCUGCUUCGUUUACCAAUAGGAUCAACAACUACAACUGUGUCUUCUCUGACAUCAAGUAAAUUCCCACUGACGUCUCAGAAACCACUGUAA